AUGCCUCUAAUUCAGUGCAACCAAGGCAAAGACUUCACUCAAGCAAUCAAUGACAUUGACAGUGAUUCCACCCACAGCUCAGAUGGAACUGAUAGCCUUAGCAAUUCAGAUUUGGACAAUGGAGACUUGAUGCAGAUUUGUGAUGCCAUUGCUGCCCCACCUGCUAACGUGUCAACUCAAGAUCUUCACAAGGCACUUGAAAACGCGCAAAAACUUCUUCUUGACAUGCGUGGAGAGCACCGGGAAUCAUUGAAGAAGAUUGCUUUACUUGAGGCUACAGUUCGAAAGGAUGGCAUUAAAGCUGAACUUUUCCAAUUCAUACCGUCAACUGACCAUAAUAUGAUGGCUCAUAAAAACUUUGGCUCUCACUUUGUGAAAGGCAUCAAUAAUGUUUGUGCCGAAAUGCUCUCGGAUGUUAAAUCAUGUGUGGCAGCCAUUUUUGGCUUAGAUGCCAAGUUUUUUAUAUGCAGUUAUGCAUGGGACACAGAGCCUUCUUGCAAAUCUCUGCUCCUCAACCCCCAAGUCCAGUACACAAAGUUUGUCCCAAUUCUUUUCCCUCAUCUGGACCAUCUCCUCAGAGAUCAGUUUUUGAAAACAGCAAAACUCGUUUAUAUUCUGAAAGUGUCACUCUUUGGCCGGUCAUCACUCGCUGCCAAUGCAGUUCCCACUCCGAAAACAAAGGCAAAAAUAUGGGAGCUAUGUGCUGUAACACCUGGUCUCAUUGCUGCAGCAGCCAUUGUCGCUAUAUUUGUCCUUUCUGGUGACAAAGAGUUGGUUGAAGUUGGUGACAAAGGUGCCUGGGCUGAUGGAGUCUUCACCUUUUUCAACAACUCCUUGUUUUCCACUUCUUCUGCCGCAACUCUCCUCAAUUCAGACUCGAUGUUACUAGGUGACUUGACAAGUGGUCCAUGUGACAGCUGGGAAGAAAUGUUUGAGCAUGCAAUGGAGACUGGGGCGGAACUACCAGAACUCAACAUGAUCCAGACAUUGUUGGUUGGUCCUGUCAUCGAAGCAUCUUCUUCUGCACCCGUACCACAGUCAAUCUCUGCUGCCAUGCAAGGUCUAGCUUUGGCUGAGCACCUACCACCUGCAGUGGUCAACGAGGACAUUGAAGCAGAGCCUGUAGUGCUUGAGGCUCCUGUUGCUGCUCAGAAGCCGAAGCCAAGGCAGAAGGGCAAGGCUGUAGCUGCUGACAGUAACAUUUCAGAAGAUCAAGCUUCUGCCAACGUUGAACCUGAGGUUUCAUCAUUAGUAGUCAGUGGCAGUGGUGUGCGAAGGGGCCGAUCAAAGACCACUAAGUAA